CUUAAAACAAAUAAAGACAUGAGUGAAUGAGAAGUGGAUUCUGUGCGAAAGGUGUUAGAGCUCUGCUCAUUUCUCUUCGUAACUGUAACCCUCCUGUCUUGGCGCCGCAACUCUCACUUGCUAAGCUUCAAAACCCUCUUCGCAGAUCUCUCUUCUCUCCACCCUCCUCCUCCGCCGCCGCCGCCGCCAUGCCUGGUAAUGACUCACGCGAUUUGGAGUGGCCGGCAAAGCGCGUCAGAGACACUUUCAUUAAGUUCUUCGAAGAUAAGAAUCAUGUUUACUGGAAGUCUAGUCCUGUCGUGCCCUUCAAUGAUCCAACCCUUCUCUUUGCUAACGCUGGGAUGAACCAGUACAAGCCAAUCUUUUUGGGAACUGCGGAUCCUAACACUGCCUUGAGCAAACUAUCUCGUGCUUGCAAUACCCAAAAGUGCAUUCGAGCUGGUGGUAAACACAAUGAUCUUGAUGACGUAGGAAAAGAUACCUACCAUCACACCUUCUUCGAAAUGCUGGGUAAUUGGUCGUUUGGUGAUUACUUUAAAGAAGAAGCCAUUAGCUGGGCAUGGGAACUUCUAACGAAAGUUUUUAAAUUACCAUCGGAUCGCAUUUAUGCCACAUAUUUUGGUGGUGACGAGAAGUCUGGUCUUGCCCCUGAUAAUGAGGCUAGAGAUAUAUGGCUAAAGUUUUUGCCUCCUGGACGUGUGCUUCCUUUUGGUUGUAAAGACAAUUUCUGGGAGAUGGGUGAUACUGGUCCUUGUGGACCUUGCACUGAAAUACAUUUUGACAGAAUUGGUAACCGCGAAGCUGCAUCACUAGUUAAUAAUGAUGAUCCUACCUGCAUUGAGAUAUGGAACGUUGUCUUUAUUCAGUUCAAUAGGGAAGCUGAUGGCUCUCUUAAACCUUUACCUGCAAGGCAUGUUGAUACAGGCUUGGGUUUUGAACGAUUGACCUCUAUACUGCAGAACAAAAUGAGCAAUUAUGACACUGAUGUCUUCUUGCCUAUCUUUGAUGCUAUUCAGCUGGCAACAGGUGCUCGGCCAUAUUCUGGGAAAGUCGGACCAGAUGAUGUAGAUAAAGUUGACAUGGCAUACAGGGUUGUUGCAGAUCACAUCAGAACCCUGUCAUUUGCAAUUGCUGAUGGGUCUCGUCCUGGUAAUGAGGGCCGUGAGUAUGUUCUGAGGCGUAUACUCCGUCGAGCUGUUCGUUAUGGACGUGAAGUGCUAAAAGCUAAAGAGGGUUUUUUCAAUGGGCUUGUAAGUGUUGUGGUGAAUGUGAUGGGUGAUGUUUUCACCGAGCUAAAACAACAGGAAGUCCACAUUAGGAACAUAAUUGAAGAGGAGGAGGAAAGUUUUGGUAGAACCUUAAUUAAGGGGAUUGAGAAAUUUGAGACAGCUGUUCGAAAUGUUCAGGGAAAGAUACUUAGUGGGGAGGCAACAUUUGUCUUGUGGGAUACAUAUGGAUUCCCAUUAGAUCUCACUCAGCUGAUGGCUGAAGAAAAGGGAUUACUUGUCGAUGUCAAUGGUUUUAAUAGUGCUAUGGAAGCUGCUAGAGAGAGAUCAAGAAAUGCUCAAACAAGGCAAGUUGGUGGUGACAUUGUCAUGGAUGCUGAUGCUACCUCAGCCUUGCACAAUAGGGGCAUUGCUCCAACAGAUGAUAGCUUCAAGUAUGUUUGGCUCAAGGUCCCAGAGAAGAUGAAAGUUUCUCUCCCAUCUCCAACUCCAAGAAUGGAUGCUGCAAAGACGCAUGGUACUGUGUUGGCAUGUACAGAUGAAGCAGUUCUUCCUGUCAGUCAAGUGUUUGAUGCACUUAGAGAACUUGGGAAGGAGGGGGUUGAACAAUAUGAUCCUAUGGUUAUUACAUCUGCAUCAUCACGAAGUAAGUUGCCAGUGGAAUCUUCUUCGGUGGAUUUUGUCAUUUUAAUCUGGCAGUCUCUUGAUUGUUCUAUGGACCAACUGAUUCGAGAAAUUCUCAGAGUGUUAAAAGUAGGUGGGACAACUUUUAUCCGCAAGUCAUCUCAGUCUGCUGUGGGCUCAGUUGAUAAGGUGAUAUCUGAUCUUGAGAGCAAGUUAUUAUUGGUAGGGUUUUCGGAAACACAAGUUUUAGAAGGCAAAUCUUCUGGGAUCAAAGCUAAAAAGCCUUCAUGGAAAAUCGGUUCAUCUUUUGCAAUAAAGAAGGUGGUGAAGAGUUCUCCUAAAGUGCAAAUUGAUGUCGAUUCAGAUCUGAUUGAUGAAGAUAGUCUUUUGACUGAAGAAGAUUUAAAGAAACCCCAACUGCCACCUGGUGAUUGUGAAAUAGGAAGCACGAGAAAAGCCUGCAAAAAUUGCAGUUGUGGGAGGGCUGAAGAAGAGGAAAAAGUAUUGAAGUUAGGAUUGACAGCUGAGCAGAUUGAUAAUCCUCAAUCAGCUUGUGGCAGUUGUGGAUUGGGGGAUGCUUUCAGAUGCAGUACCUGCCCCUACAAGGGACUUCCCCCCUUCAAAUUAGGCGAGAAGGUAGCACUGUCCAGUAACUUCCUUGAUGCAGACAUAUAAUGGAUAAAGUUGCAAUACGUUUUGUAAUGGGAAUGGUAUAAUGAAAUGUUUAGAUAGUAUGAGAUGUUUAUUAGUUAUGUUAAUGCUGGCAGAACCAUUCGCCCUAGUUGUUCGAUGCAAUUUUAAGAAAAGCUUCAUGAGAUAUCCAAGUUACUAAGGAGCUGUAAUACCUUUGCCUUUCUCUCAAAUUUUUGAUAAAAAAAAUCCUCAUUUCUCUAUUUCUUAAGCUUGGCAAAGUGUUGUUAUCUGACGUAUAAAUAUCAAAUCCAA